GAGAGAGAGAGAAACCCCUCUUCCCCUUCCUCCUCGUUCCUCUGUCUUCCAUCCAGCUCUUCCAGCCGGCGGCGGCGGAAAGGAGAUUUUCAACCUGGUCAUAGAUGCGCGAAACUUGGACUGCGGAGUGCAUGAGACACGGGUAACCGGUAGAGAAGUUGUGGAGCGCCUCCGGACAAAAUUCCAACCCAUUCAAAACCAUUUGGAGUUGUCGCACACUCCGGGUGGUUAAUAUUAGAGAUCGAAUCGAUAAUUUCCCAAGAAAAGUUAACUUGUGCAAAUUUGUGCGGCGGUCAUGAGUCCGCAGCGGAGAUUCGGAGGCGGGCGGCCAACGCUGCUCCUAGUCGGGCUGCUGGCGGUCCUGUUGCGGUGCUGUGUGGCCAGUUGCCCGGAGAAGGACUUGGAGGACCGCGAAGAAGAGGCCAACGUAGUUUUGACGGGCACAGUGGACGAAAUCAUAAAUAUGGACCCGGUGCACAACACCUACUCUUGCAAGGUCAGGGUGUGGCGCUACUUGAAAGGAAAGACCACCAUAAACCGUGAAAUCCUCUUGGAUGGUGGCAACAAGGUGAUGAUCGGUGGCUUCGGCAACACGGGAAUCUGCGACAAUCAGGUUGCCACGGGUGAUACUCGCAUAUUUUUUCUUAACCCUGCCCCGGAGUCGAUGGGGUCCGAACACAAGAAUGAACUGAUGCUCAACUCAAGCCUGAUGAGGAUUACGUUGCGGAACCUGGAGGAUGUGGAACACUGUGUGGAAGCUCACAAGUAUAUCAUUGCAGACAAGCCUCCUCACUUUACACCUGCUCAGCCUCCUGAUGGCUGCCGAGGGAAGUUGUGUGGCUUUGGCGCCGUGUGUGAGCGAGACCCGAACGACCCUGCCAACGCAGAGUGCGUCUGCAAGAGAGGCGAAUGUCCGUCCUUGGUGGCGCCCGUGUGUGGUUCCGAUUCGUCCACCUACAGCAACGAGUGCGAGCUGGAGAAAGCCCAGUGCCAGACCCAGCGACGCAUCAAGGUGCUGCGUAAGGGGCCGUGCUUUCUCAAAGACCCUUGCACUGAGGUGACCUGCAGCUACGGCAGCACCUGUGUCCAGUCCACUGACGGCUUGUCGGCUAAAUGCAUGUGCCCGCUGGGCUGUGAGGGCAAACCAGAGCAGACGGUGUGUGGCAGCGAUGGAAAGGACUACCGCAACGAGUGUGAGCUGCAUCAGUAUGCCUGCAAGCACCACAAGAACAUCAGGGUGCAACAUCAAGGUCGAUGCGACCCUUGUAAAGACAGUGAGAACAGUUUCAACACAAUGUGCCGGGUCGAGGCCAUCACCCGCCAGCCGCUCUUCUUCGGCUUGCCCGAGUCGUGCCCCCCAGCUAGCGAACCGUUGUGCGGCAGUGACGGCGAAACCUACACCAGCGAGUGUGCCAUGAGAACAACGGGCCUGCAGAAAGGCAUCAAACUCAGGAAGAUUCAUGCGGGACGAUGCAGGGGGCGGGAAGAAUGUCAGGAGGAGUGUCGUUUCAACGCCGUGUGUCUCGUCGAGCAGCUGAAUACUCGCUGCUCGUGCGAUCCCAUCGAGUGCGACGGGUCCUACAAGCCCGUCUGCGGCAAGGACGGCCACACGUACACCAACGACUGCAUGCGCCGCAAGGCCGAGUGCCUGGGCAAGAUCCUCAUCCCCAUCAAGCACGUUGGGCCCUGUGAUCUCCACACGCCAAGUCCCUGUUUGGAUAAGGUGUGCCACCACGGCGCAUUGUGCGUGGUCAAAAACGAUGAGCCCGUGUGUGAAUGUCUGGAAGCCUGCCCUCAAACAUCAGACCCCGUGUGCGGUUCUGACGGCAGCAGUUACGGCAGCCCCUGUGAGAUGCGAGCGAUGGGCUGUGCUCUCCAAAAAGCGAUCCACAUCCAGCAUAAAGGGCCCUGCGAUGAGGCCUGUGCCAACUGCUCUUUCGGGGCAAUCUGCGACGCCCAAAGUGCACAAUGUGUUUGUGCGACAGAGUGUGUGGAGUCCCACCAGCCCGUAUGCGGUAGCGAUGGCACGACCUACACCAGCGAGUGCGAGCUACAUGUGCGGGCCUGCAAAAAACAGAUGGACUUGCGAGUGGUCAGCCAGGGAGAGUGCAAAACUUGUGGCAACACUGUGUGUGCCUGGGGCGCCCGCUGCGUCCAAAGUAAAUGCGAGUGCCCACCGUGCUCCGGUGAAGCGUUUUCCCCGGUGUGUGGAAGUGACGGCACCACCUACGAGAACGAGUGUGAACUCCGCCUGUCCUCGUGCGUGCAGAAGAAGAGAGUCGAAGUGGCGAAGGCCGGCAGUUGCGACCAAGACUGUGGCUCAGGAGGGUCGGGCUCCGGUGCGGAGAGCUGCGAACAGGACCGCUGUCGCAUGUUUGGAGGCUCGUUGGACGAGGACGCCGAAGAAGACCGAUGCGUGUGUGACUUCACUUGCCACACUGUGCCUCACAUCGAGGUUUGUGGCUCAGAUGGGAAAAGUUACAGCAAUGAGUGCGAGCUGAAGAAGGCCAGAUGUGAGAAACAAGAGCAGUUGACAGUUCAGCACCUGGGCUUGUGCGCAGCCACAUCGCUGCCGGAGCCCGCCGAGUCCCAGCACUGCUCUCUGUCUGUGUACGGAUGCUGUGCCGACAACUUCACAGCCGCCUUGGGAGUCGGACUGGCUGGUUGUCCGAGCACCUGCCAAUGUAAUGUCUACGGCUCCUAUAAGGGUACAUGUGACCCAGCCACUGGUCAGUGCUCUUGUAAACCGGGUGUCGGGGGACAGAAGUGCGACCGCUGCGAGCCUGGCUUCUGGAACUUCCGUGGUAUUGUGACGGAGAACAUGAGCGGCUGCACACCGUGCAACUGCGACGCCAGCGGGUCCGUGCGUGACGACUGCGAGCAGAUGUCGGGUCUGUGCUCUUGUAAGGCCGGGGUGAAGGGCAUGAAGUGUAAUGUGUGUCCAGAUGGAAGCAAGAUGGGCAUGAAUGGCUGCGACAAAGGUCCAGAGGCUCCGAAUUCAUGUGAUGAGUUACUUUGUAGUUUUGGAGCAUCUUGUUUUGAGGUGAAUGGUCAGGCCCAUUGUGAGUGCCCCUCACCUGACUGUGAUGAACGGAACAAAACUAAGGUGUGCGGUUCUGAUGGGGUGACGUAUGGCGACCAGUGCCAGCUGAGGACCAUCGCCUGCAGGCAGGACAAGGCCAUCAUAGUGCAACACUUUGGACAAUGCACAGAAACCAUCUCCGAGCGGGCUGAGCGACCCACUCCAACCCUGCUUACCGCCACCACCAUCACAACGCCAGCUCCCUUAAAUUAUAACCUGGUGUGGGCCAUUCCGCCUCCGAGAACGGCCGAGACUGCUGAGACUACGGUGCAGCCCCCUGCCACCACGCCCUCACCCACGCUCACACACCACCGUGCGCAAAAAAACCACCACCACCCCUCCAUCCACAUCCAACCUCAGUCGCCACGGUCAACCCCCGCCCCCACCACUACCGCCUCUCAAGGUAGCCCCGCCCCCUCGACCGCUGCAAAUUCUUUCGAGGGUUCGGGCAGUGGGGAGCCUAGUGGAGAUGACCAAGCUGAGGAAGAGGAGGAGCCGGAAGAGGAAGCGGGUAGCGGCGUGCCACCAGAGGCCAGUGGGGCGGAGGAGCCUUUUGGACCCACAUUGGAAAACACGGCAAUAACCGUCGCUGAUGACAAGUCGUCCUGUGACAACACCGAAUUUGGAUGCUGCCCUGACAGUCUGACUCCAGCCAGCAGCCCAGAUGGAACCAACUGUCCACCCACCAUGAAGUUCAGUGGUUUUCUGCACUUGGACCAGGUGGAGGGACAAGAAAUAGUAUACACCCCCGAGAUGGAGGACCCAAAAUCUGAGCUUUUCGGAGAGACGGCCCGCAGCAUCGAGAGUGCCCUCAAUGACCUCUUCAGGAAAUCGGAGGUACGCAGAGACUUCAUGAGCAUUCGUGUCCGUAACCUGGCACCCAGCAACUCCAUCCUGGCCUUUGUGGAGGCUAAUUUCAAACCAGACACAAGAUACACAGUGGAGGACAUCGAGGGAGCUCUCCUUAAACAGCUGAAAGUCUCCAAGGGAACGAGCAUCGCGGUGAAGAAGCCGCUGGAUGAAAAUAUUCGCUUCAACAACUAUGGCGUAUCCUCCAUCCCCUUCUAUACUACCACCACCACGUUCGUCACCACUCAUGCUCCCACCACCACCACCACCUUCAGACGUUUGGUAACCUCCCCCUACAUCACCCGUCGGCCCCCGGGCACGACCCGCAGGCCCAGCACUGGCAGACGGACCACCACCGCAUCAGCACCCGUCAGCACCCCGAUCCCAAUGACCACCACAGCACAACCGAUCAUCACUACGACGGCAAUGCCGCGAACCACCACCGUCGCCCACGUCCGCGAAAGACUGCACAAGCACCAGAGACCCUGCGAUUCCCACCCUUGCCUCCACGGGGGAACCUGUGAGGAGGAGGGUGAUGACUUCAGUUGCAAGUGCCCUGCAGGGAGAGGAGGCUCUGUGUGUGAAAAAGUGAUCAAGUACUUUAUCCCGUCAUUCGGCGGCCACUCUUACUUGGCCUUCCAAACCAUGAGCGCAUACCACACCGUCCGCAUUGCCAUGCAGUUCAGAGCAUCCGAGAUGACAGGCAUCCUGCUCUACAACGGCCAAGAGAACAAGAAGGAUUUCAUCUCUCUGGCUGUGGUGAAUGGCAAAGUGGAACUCAGAUUCAACACAGGUUCAGGCACGGGCAUUGUGAUCAGCAACAUUGAAAUCACUCAGGGCCGCUGGCAUCAACUGGUGGUGAACCGCAAUCGGCGUUCCGCCAUGCUCAGUGUGGACAACGAGCCUCACGUCGAGGGCGAGAGUCCGCGUGGGACUGACGGCCUCAACCUGGACACCAAUCUGUUCAUUGGAGGGGUGCCUGAAGAAAUGAAACAGGACGUAAAGGAGAGGACUGCUGUAGCUUCGGGUCUCGUGGGCUGCAUCCGCCUGCUGGAUGUCAACAACCGGGUGCUCAACCUACAAGAGAACGGUGUUGAUAAUCUCUAUGGCAGCGGUGUAGGCGAAUGUGGCAACAACCCAUGCCUGCCAAAUCCCUGCAAGAAUGGAGCCACGUGUCAGGUCAAAGAGGCAGAGAUGUUCCAUUGCCAGUGCAGUAAAGGAUUCUGGGGUCCAACUUGUGCCGAUGUCCAUGACCCAUGCGAGCCCAGCAGAUGCCAUCCGUCCUCCCGCUGCCAGGCACUUCCCGAGGGAGGCUACAAGUGUGAAUGUCCGAUGGGUCGCGAAGGGAGGCACUGCGAGACAGUUGCGGAGAGGAGAGGGGCCUACAUGCCGCUAUUUAAUGGAGACUCUUACCUCGAGCUCAAGGGACUGCAUCUUUACGGACAUGAUCUGCGUCAAAAAGUCAGCAUGACAGUCGUUCUGAUGGCCAAUGACUCCAACGGCCUGAUCUUCUACAACGGGCAAAAAUCUGACGGAAAAGGAGACUUCAUCUCUUUGUCCCUGGACGAGGGGAUCCUGGAGUUCCGCUAUGACCUUGGCAAGGGGCCUGCUACCAUCAGGAGUAAAGAACCAAUCAGGCUCAACAUGUGGAACACCAUCAGCUUGGAGCGCUCCAAUCGCAAAGGAGAGAUCAUGGUGAACAAGAAGGACGCUGUUCGAGGAGAGGCACCGAAAUCACGCAAGAAUCUCCAUGUGGACCUCAACCUGAAAGAAUCUCUCUUUGUUGGUGGGGCUCCUGACUAUAGCCGACUUGCACGAAGCGCCGCACUCACAGAAGGCUUCAAGGGAACGAUCCAAAAGAUCAUUUUGAUGGGCACGCCAAUCCUCAGAGAAGAGAACGCCCUGCGCUCUCAAAAUCUGGCCAUGUUCCAGGAGCACGCAUGUUCCCGAGAACCCUGCCACAACGGGGGGCGCUGCAACCCCCAGCUGGACACUUAUGAGUGCGUGUGCCUCAGUGGCUACUCUGGCGGACACUGUCAGAACACCAUUUAUGAGAAGUCUGCCGGGACUGAGACUGAGGCCAUUGCCUUUGACGGGCGGACGUUCAUCGAAUACCACAACGCCGUCACCAGGAGCCAACUGACCAAUGAGAUCCCAGAUCCCGAGUCUGUGGAGAACCCGUCUGACCAGAGUGAAAAGGCUCUGCUGGUGAACAAAUUCGAGCUCCGCAUCCGCACGGAGGCGACUCAGGGCCUCGUGCUGUGGAGCGGGAAGGGCGUGGAGCGUUCCGACUACAUCGCCUUGGCCAUCGUGGACGGCCGCGUUCAGAUGAUGUAUGACCUGGGCUCCAAGCCGGUGGUGCUGCGCUCCUCGGUGCGCGUCGACACCAACCGCUGGAUACGCAUCAAGGCGAGCAGAGCGCUACGAGAUGGAUCGCUACAAGUCGGCAAUGAGGCGGCAGUGACGGGAUCAUCGCCUUUGGCGGCAACUCAGCUGGACACAGACGGAGCACUUUGGUUGGGCGGUCUGGAAGAAGUGGCCGUGGCCCGUCGGCUGCCCAAGGCCUACAGCACGGGCUUUGUGGGCUGCAUCAAGGACGUGGUGGUGGACGGCGUGGAGCUCCACCUGGUGGAGGACGCCUUGAACAGCCCCCAAAUAUUACACUGUCCGGCGGCCAAAUAAGCAGCCAGGCACGAAAGAAAAUAAAAAUAAAAAUAAACACUGAGAGAAAUGAGGAAACAAAUCAGUCAAUACUCAAGAAAUCCUCCCCACCCUUUCCACUCCCUCCAUAGCACCCAUGUCUCCUGCUGUAAUUAUUUUCUAUUUUUGUAAACUUUUCAUCGGUUUUUAUAUGGGAAGAUUUUUUUUUCAUAUUUUUUUUUCUUCUGCACCUCCAUUCACGUCCAUUGCCUUUUUUUUAAUCAAUAUAACACAUUUUUUUUUCCUGUGGAAUCGUUUUGCUGUUAAAUCUGUCGCCAAGUUAACAAGAAACGGUUACUUAUUGAUUUUGCUCAUUACUUGAACUCUGGUGUUGAUUUUUACUUAAAGCCUUGUCAUGGUGCCAUAUCUGCCACUUUCGUUUCCCCCGAACAUUAUUUUUACAUUCAAUAAUAUAUAUUCCAUGUGCAUCCAUAUCAUAUAGUACCACAUUCCCUCACCACCUACCAGCUCAUUGCAUUUCCCAAAUGAGUCUCUUUGAGAUCAGUCAAGCUGCUACAGUGACAAAGUACAAUAAAUAAAUACAUUCAGCCAUUCACUCCCAUCUUCAGCUCACAGCACCAAAAAUGUAUGAAUUUCAAAUUAAAUUGAUCUUUUGCCGGAUCAGAAGCCCAUCUGACUCUAACACCAUCACGACAUGAAAUAACAUCAUAUAAAUAAAUAGUUUAUAAAUAAUACCAGAGACUGUGAAUGUGUAAGGUUGGUUCUCCUCAGAGAGAACGAUGCAUUUUUUUUUUUUUGUCAACAAAUGAUCACUCAUAUUGACCACUAUUAAUGCAUGGAUGUAUGUAUGCAGUGUUGAUUUUUCUGUCCUUAACACGCAAAAAAAAAAAAAAAAUCUGUUUUUUUUUUUUUCAUGACAAUAACAAAAGUAUUGGCUCACUUCCUGUAUCUUUCCAAAGCUUUUCCUGGGAGUUGCACAGGAACCUUGAAUGGCGCACGAGAAAAAAAAUGAUGAUAAAAGGAGCAAUGCAAGGAAAAAGAGACGAUUAUCUUGGGACGUUAUCCUGCCUGGUUAACAGUCAGCAAACAACAAAAGACUUGAUUUACGUUUUUUUCUCUUCCACAUUCCUGGAAGAAUCGGAUGGGGCUGUUGACAGAGACUGUGACCCUUGUUGAAGCCAUAACAGCCACAAAUCAAUGAUGAUUCCUUGUUAACUAACUCACAUACUGUCGUAGCGCAUGGGUUCGUCAACAGUCAGUGAUGCAAUGAGGAGUUGCUGAACUACAAUAAGCUGUGAUGACUGAAAUCUUCUUUUGAUAUGAGAUCUUUGGCAAUAUAUAUUCUAGAACAAAAUCAUACAGACCUGUUUGGUGGUUGAGUAGCAAACGCUCUUGUUCGUUUACAUUCUUGACAAUGUUUCCACUCAGAAAAGAUCUGGCAUCCAUUUUUAUGUACAGCCCACCCGUUUUAAGUGUAAAUUGAGCAAAAUGUGUUAUCUGUGGAGGUUUAUGUUUAUUUUUAAUUUUUUUUUUUUUCGGAAUAUACACUGGAGCCAUGUCUCUUCUACCACACUUUGAUAAAUGUACACGGGGGAGGGAUGUCACGAAAGCUAUUAUAUAACUGUCAUGCAUAAUAUCAGGUGAAAUCAGGAAACUCUCUUCUGGUGUAUCAAGACGCAUUUCAAUUCCAGCAUUCGCUCUCUUCAUAUCUUUUUUUUUUUUUUUUUUUUUUUUUUUUUAGCCAUGCUGUUCUUUGGAUUUGACCAAUUCAGAUGGCGACACUUAAGAAUAUAUGGAUAUUUGUAUGUGACUCCAAACAAUAAAGCCACAUGAUUUAAUGCCAACUUGGAAUUGCCUUUAAAGCCACCAGUCACCUUGACUCUAAGCGUCGUCCUUAUUUUAGCCAAUUGAUAAGCCCCAUUCCCGUAUAAUAGUAAUAAUAAUGACAGAUAGUCAUAGGAAAAUAAAAAAGAAAAAAUGUUGGAGGAAUGAUGAGUUCCUCUCUUCUGUUUCUUAUUUAUAUCUCAAAGUGGAUGUAAACUACUGUCUGAUCACCAACCUCGUCAAAGGGCAGUGCACCAAGUAAAAGUGGUAUGACCUGAACAUGACUAACUUUAUGACCUUUGUCUUGUGUUCCUACCAUCAUGAAAUAAAAUGUCAACCAAAA